AUGGUCUUUGCACGUCGUUCAAUCUUCCGCGCUGCGACUGCGGCUCAAUCCAUUCGCGCCGCCCCUGUCGCUCGUCGCUCGGCUCAGCUGCUUGGCCGUCGCUUCAAUUCCACCGGCGGCCAUGGGGAGAUUCACAACUCAAGCGAUGUCCCAUGGGCAAUCGGAUCUGCUGGUCUUACCGGAGUGCUACUGUUCUCUCUAUGGCCCUCUGGCUCUGAUGGACACCACGAUGCUCACGGCGAGGAUCAUGGACACGGCCACGAGGCCGAGCAUGAAGAGAAGGGAGAUGACAAGGUAGAGGCUGAGAGCGAGCCUGCAGAGAACAAGGACCAAGAGUCCUCCGAGGAAGCUCCCAAGGAGGAGAAGAAGGAUGAAAAGAAGAGCGAGGACACCGAAGAAAAGAAGGAAGAGUCUGAGGACAAGGGAGAAUCCAAGGAAGAGAAGAAGGAAGAGAAGAAGGAUGAGUCCAAGGAGUCCAAGGGCGAGGGCGAGGAGCCCAAGAAGGACGAGUCCAAGGACGACGCCAAAAGCGACAAGUCCGAGGGCGAGUCCAAGGAGUAA